GUUUAUGUAAUACGUUUUAUUUUAUAUAGCAAGUUUCUAUGCGUUGUCUCAUCUGAUCCCUAUAUCUAUUAUUAUUAUUUUGCUGUAUGUAGCAUUACCAUUCUCAGUCUAUACAUAAAAGAUGUUAAGUUACCAGAGUUUUUAUAGAUAGUAAGUGGUGGAGCAAGAACUGGAGCCUGAAUCAUUUCAACCCUAGUCUAGAACUCUUGCUCCCAUGUCACGUGCUAGCUUGCUACUCAAAGUAAUCAAAUAAACUGACUAUCAUAAAAGUCGGAACUUGGGAGGAAAUAUGAACAUAUGAAAGUGUAUUUUCAUAUAUUAUCAACUUUUUGAACUCUCAUUGAGGCCAUUGAGUAAAAAUAAUUUUCUGUCAUUGGAAAUGCGGAGGAAAUGCAACAAGUAUUUGCCCUGAAUCCAUUAUUCAGAAAUAAAUGAAAUAACAUAAAGGCAUGCAAGCGCACUGUUGGUGGCUUUCCUUUCCCUAAAGUUGGGGUGGUUGAAGUGAAUUUCCUUUCUCUUUCUCCAGGUGCUUGUACUGUUUACAUGCUGAGCUGCACAGCUUUCAAAGGGCUUGCCCUGGGAUAUGGCUGGGCUAGAUUUAGAAGGAACUGGUCACUGAAUAGCUCUGGUAAUUCUUGCAUCUCACAGUUAUGCGGUUGACAGCUCUUUUCGGUGGGGAAAGCUUGGGUAUAUUUCAAGGUGAUUGUAGUUUUGUCCCUCUGGCAGCAAGCUGCUGCAACCAGCUUAGCCCAUUAUCCUCCUCUCCCACUGGAUUUAAGCCUAGGGAGAAAUCUGGGGCUUUUGUCAGGUAGAAGGUAAGAGAUGGAUAAUUAUACCCCGUGUGUGCUCAAAGAGAACAGCACUAUAUCAUAGAGUAGCUUUCAAUUACUGAAAUGGAAUUGUCUGAAGUUCCAGUGACUUAUAAAUUACUCUUUGUAAAAACCAAUAGUUAACAUUAUUAUGUUAGUGAUGUUGUGCUUUUAAUAUCUCAUACUUUAAGGUUUAUUACACAAAACUUUGCAGAUAGUGCUUAAUACUCAGAGAAUAAAAUGUAUUUACGUUUUCGUGUUUUUAUUAGAAGAUUUAAAAACACAAAUGACUGCUCUGAAAAAAUUGACUGAAAACUUCACUGUACAAUUGACUAUAUUAUAAUUUUCCUCAAUUUGAGUUUCUUAAAUCUCAGGGGCUAGUACUGUAAAAUCAAUGCAAAGUAAUUACAAAAUUUAAAAUUCCAGAUGCUAUGAUUACAUACAUCUUGUCCUUUAAUAUCCAUUCUAUCAAAUACCUUUUGUAAACACUGUUACUUAACAAAACACAUUUGAAAAAUAACAUUUUCACUAAUUCUGAUUAAUUAAUUAGGUAAAUCAGUCUUAGCAUAUUUAUAGGGCAGUAUUUUCAGUUUGUGAUCCCCCAGGAGCUCAACAUUACUUUCACUCUCCUUUUAAAGGCAGAAAUUAUAGUCAGAAAUGAGCAUUUUAAUUUGCAGCUGACAGUUUAGGGUUAAGAUAUGAUUCCAGGUAACAGAAGCCAAUGAGAGUACACCCAGUUGAUGUUUGUGACAUCAUCUUCCAGUCGGAGUACAUAGAACAGCUGAGGUGGCGUUCAGUUUCAGCACAGUGCCAUUAUGAUGGAUGUUUACAUCUCUUCAUUGAGAGCCAAUUAUCUCGCUUUUGUGUGAGGCCCAAGGAUCACUCAUGCUGCCAGGCUGCACAGAGCACUGUUGGAUCUAGCUGAACGAAUUGUUUUCUCUGUCUCUGUACCGUGGAAAAGUACCUGGCAUAUGGCAGUUAUUUGGCAAAUGUUUAUUAAAAACGAAGAAAAAGAAACUGAGGGUAUCAACGGUUUCUGUACAGCACAGAUUAUGACAGCUUCUUCCUUAAGACUAUCAUUUGGAGCACUGGCUCAGGAGUCUAAAUCACCAAGGGCUCAUCCAUCAAUCAACCAGAAGUGAAGACAAUAGCUUCAAAGAAGAGAAUGUUUAAAUUUCAUCAAAUGAAACAUAUUUUUGAAAUACUUGAUAAAAUGAGAUGCCUGCGAAAACGUUCUACAGUGUCAUUCUUGGGAGUUCUUGUCGUUUUUCUCCUUUUUAUGAACUUAUACAUUGAAGAUAGCUAUGUUCUGGAAGGAGACAAACAACUUAUAAGGGAAACAUCCACACAUCAACUGAAUUCAGAACGCUAUGUUCAUACUUUUAAGGAUUUGUCUAAUUUCUCAGGAGCCAUAAAUGUCACCUAUCGCUACCUAGCUGCCACACCUUUACAAAGAAAGCGGUAUCUUACAAUUGGACUUUCUUCAGUAAAGCGAAAAAAAGGAAACUAUUUACUUGAGACAAUUAAGUCAAUUUUUGAGCAGUCCAGUUACGAAGAACUGAAGGAAAUUUCAGUGGUGGUUCACCUAGCAGACUUUAAUUCUUCCUGGCGUGAUGCCAUGGUCCAGGAUAUUACACAGAAAUUUGCGCACCAUAUUAUUGCAGGAAGAUUAAUGGUUAUACAUGCCCCAGAGGAGUAUUACCCAAUCCUGGAUGGCCUUAAAAGAAAUUACAAUGAUCCAGAAGAUAGAGUCAAAUUUCGUUCAAAGCAAAACGUAGAUUAUGCUUUUCUGCUUAAUUUUUGUGCCAAUACUUCUGACUAUUAUGUAAUGCUUGAAGAUGAUGUUCGGUGUUCAAAAAAUUUCUUAACUGCCAUCAAGAAAGUCAUUGCAUCCCUAGAAGGAACUUACUGGGUAACUCUUGAAUUCUCUAAGCUUGGCUACAUUGGUAAACUCUAUCAUUCUCAUGAUCUCCCACGUUUGGCACAUUUUUUAUUAAUGUUUUAUCAAGAAAUGCCUUGUGAUUGGCUAUUGACUCAUUUCCGGGGUCUGUUGGCUCAGAAAAAUGUGAUCCGUUUUAAACCAUCUCUCUUUCAGCACAUGGGCUAUUAUUCAUCAUACAAAGGGACAGAGAAUAAGCUAAAGGAUGAUGAUUUUGAAGAGGAGUCAUUUGACAUUCCUGAUAACCCCCCUGCAAGUCUGUACACCAACAUGAAUGUGUUUGAAAAUUAUGAAGCAAGCAAGGCUUACAGUAGUGUUGACGAGUACUUUUGGGGGAAACCACCUUCAACAGGAGAUGUUUUUGUGAUUGUAUUUGAAAACCCCAUUAUAAUUAAAAAAAUUAAAGUAAAUACUGGAACAGAAGAUCGACAAAAUGAUAUUUUGCAUCAUGGAGCACUAGAUGUUGGGGAAAACGUUAUGCCUAGCAAACGAAGGAGACAAUGUUCUACUUACUUAAGACUAGGAGAAUUCAAAAAUGGAAACUUUGAAAUGUCAGGUGUGAAUCAAAAAAUUCCAUUUGAUAUACAUUGUAUGAGGAUAUAUGUCACCAAAACACAAAAGGAAUGGCUAAUUAUUAGGAGUAUUAGCAUUUGGACUUCUUAGCCAAUUAAACCAGUAUGUUCAGUUUCUGAAA